CGAGGUUUCUGUGCGGGCGCGCGGCGACGGCCCCUUGAAUACGGCAGGCGCGCGAAGGGAGCGGAGGCUUGAGGGCGGCGGUUGGUGCGCCGGAUGCGAGUGCGAAAGAGACAUCGCGACGAGAACCAUGGAGGUUCAGUUCCGACGAGAGCUCGGGACGCCGCCGGCCCCGUCCUCCGGUGGCGGGAGCGGCAAACCUCGCGAGGAGAAGCGGACAGCCCUGAGCAAGGUGGUCGUCCGGCGGCUCCCGCCCGGCCUCACCAAGCGGCAGCUGGAGGAGCAGCUGCGUCCGCUGCCCGCACAUGACUACUUCGAGCUCUUCCCCGCGGACCUCAGUCUUUACCCUCACCUCUACUCGAGAGCGUACAUCAACUUCAGGGAUCCAGAUGACGUCCUUCUCUUCAGAGAUCGUUUUGAUGGAUUUAUCUUCACUGACAACAAAGGCCUGGAGUACCCGGCUGUGGUUGAGUUUGCUCCAUUCCAGAAGGUGGCCAAGAAGAAGCUGAAGAAGAAAGAUGCCAAGACGGGAAGCAUCGAAGAUGAUCCUGAAUACAAGAAGUUUUUAGAAACUUACUCUGUAGAAGAGGAAAAAACCAGUGCCAGCCCAGAAAUCCUGCUGGGAGAGCUGGAGGCAAGGGCAAGGGAGCUCACAGCUAGAAGAACCACACCUCUUUUGGAAUAUAUUAAAAGCAGAAAGUUGGAAAAACAGAGAAUUCGAGAGGAGAAGCGAGAAGAACGAAGGAGAAGGGAGUUAGAGAAGAAACGCUUGCGGGAAGAAGAGAAAAAGAAAAGGAGAGAAGAAGAAAGAUGCAAAAAAAAAGAGACAGAUAAGCAGAAGAAAAUCACGGAGAAAGAUGUAAGGAUUAAGCUUCUUAAGAAACCAGAAAAGGGAGAGGAACCACCCACAGAGAAACCAAAAGAAAGAGGCGAGGAAACUGGUGUUGGAGAUGGAAAGCCAGAGGUCGUGAAGGCCAGGCCAUUGGAGAGCUCACUGGAGGAGCUCAGGGAGAAGGUGUCCACAUGCAGUGAGUGGCAGGAGUCCUGGUGCUGGGACAAGAAUGCUUUUUGUGCAGCUCUGAAGGGAGCUUCUCUGGACAUAGUCCUUUGAGGGGGGUAAGAUUUAUUUACUUUAAAGGCAGAGUUAGGUCUUCCAUCCUCUGGUUCAUUCCCCAAAUGGCUGAAACAAUUAAAGGUGAGCCAGUCUGAAGCUAGGGGCCCAAGUAUUUGAGCCACCCUCCUCUGCUUUCCCAGAUGCAUUUGCAGGAAGCUGGGUCAGAAAUGGAACAGCCAGGACUUGAGAUGACACCCAUAUGGGGUGCUGGUACCACAGGUGGGGGAUUGGCCUGUUACAUCAUUACAUCGCCCCCAAGAACACAGCACUUAGUAACCAAUGGACCAGAAAUGUGCCCCUGACUCACCCCUGGCCUUGAGGCCUUAUGUGACUAAUGUCCCCUGACCCAGGACUCCUGUCAGUUGUGACAUUUGGAUACCUGGUCCCCAAGGCUGUUCUGCAGUUGGUGAGAGUACAUUUCAGCUGAGAGGGUGAGUGAUAAGGCUGGAGGCAGACCACCAGUUUCCCAGAAUCACAAGAAUGAGCACGUGUCCAUUUACUGUUGGUUAGGGUCUUAGUAGAUGCAUAAUGUAAGUUCUUGCAUGACUGAUAUCACCUGCAAGUCCCAAGGCUGCAUCAGGCUGAGUGCUCCUGGCUCCCCGUGAAGCCACUCAGGUCUCAUUGACUCUAUAGGGAACAGGAGGGCUGUGUUUACUUUGGAGGGUUAAUGAACAUUGGAAAAGGUGAGGUGCUAUAAUAUGCUUGCAGUGUGUCUUACUCAGAUACAAGGACAGAUGCUGUGGUUCCAUCUGUUGAUGUUAGUAGCAGCACAGUGUAGACAAGCUGGCAGGUAUCACGGCUAUUGACCCUUUGUGUUGAGUUGCAAGUCACAGCCUGACCAGGGAAAAGAGGUCUUGAGAAAAAUAAUUGAAAUACAAAGAUGGCCCACAGAUGAUAGCAAGAAUCCCAGGGCUCACUGUGAGUGUGGGCAGCCUUCCAGAAGGAACAGAGAUGAGCUGAGAAGAGAGCCCGGACUGGAAUGUCCCUGUGAAGGCUUUAAGAGGCCAGGAAUGUGGUUCCUAACUCAUUUGGGGUCUUCGCCCAGCUCUGUGUUGUGAGGACAUGUGGUAUGUCACAGUCACAGCUGCUCUUUCCAAGCAAAGACUCAUUGAGCCAGUAAGGAAAAAAUGUGGCUGGGU